GCCAUACUUCAAUAUGUGCGUUCAAGAACAAGCGUCAUCCCGUUGACUUAAUUCCACAAUUCAUCAAAUUUCGCAUAUUAUCAUAAACUAAAAAUGCCAAAAGUGCGUCGUAGUCGUAAACCGCCACCAGAUGGCUGGGAACUUAUUGAACCCACACUGGAAGAGCUGGAGCAGAAAAUGCGCGAGGCCGAAACGGAACCGCACGAAGGUAAACGCAUUACGGAAUCACUUUGGCCGAUCUUCAAAAUACAUCACCAGAAGACGCGCUAUAUCUACGAUUUAUACUAUCGCCGUAAGGCUAUCAGUCGUGAACUGUACGAUUACUGCCUGAAGGAGAAGAUUGCCGAUGCCAACUUGAUAGCCAAGUGGAAGAAGUCGGGCUACGAAAACCUUUGCUGCCUGCGGUGCAUUCAAACGCGUGACACAAAUUUCGGCACGAACUGCAUCUGCCGCGUGCCCAAGUCAAAGCUGGAGGAGGGACGCAUAGUGGAAUGCGUUCACUGCGGAUGCCGCGGCUGUUCCGGCUGA